CUGUUGAUAAGCCAGCCGUCCGUCCCCUACCCGCCUCGUUCCGCACACCUCUUUCUUCUCUUCUGAUACAUAAAUUCGGAGGGGUCGCCUUCUCUUCUCUUCCGACUCUUCUCCCUCCUUCGUCUCGUCACAAUCCACACUCCCCCUUUCUCCUCCGUGCUCCCCCCCCUUCCACUCCACUCUACGUCUCUACCCCCAAGCCCUCUCUCCUCUCCAGCCCGCCCGCCCGCCCGCCACCCGAGGACGACGAUUCAGAUCUGCGCGCUCGCUUCGCUGCGGCUUGAGACCCCACCACCGCCGAUCGAUCCUUCUCACUGCCCCGCGCGCGCCGGCCAAUGCGCUCUCUCGGCAGGGCAUGAGAGUGAGAGCCACCACCGCCAGGGCACCGGACGCAGGAUGGACCUCGGCGGCGACGUGCCGCUACGCAAGCGGGGACGAAACCCGGAGGACGACGACGGCGAGGAAACGGAGCAAGGGGGCGCGAAGCAGCAGAGGAGGAUGGGCGCGGUGGUGCCGUGGCCGGCGCAGCCGCCACCGCAGCAGCAGAACCCGGCGUCGCGGAUCUACCGCGUGUCGAGGGGCUCCGGCGGGAAGGACCGGCACAGCAAGGUGUACACGGCCAAGGGCAUCCGUGACCGCCGCGUGCGCCUCUCCGUCGCCACAGCCAUCCAGUUCUACGACCUGCAGGACCGCCUCGGCUACGACCAGCCCAGCAAGGCCGUCGAGUGGCUCAUCAAGGCCGCCGCCGCCGCCAUCGACAAGCUGCCCUCACUCGACGCAUCCGCCUUCCCCAACCACCCCGCUUCCGCCUCCGCUGCACACAACAACAAGCCUCACGCCGAUGCCUCCCAGCAGCAGCUCACGAGAUCGGGCUGCAGCAGCACCUCCGAGACCAGCAAAGGCUCCGUCCUCUCCCUCUCCCGCUCCGACAGCCGCGUCAAGGCCCGCGACCGCAGCGCCAAAGACAAGGACGACUCCGCUCUAGCAGCAGCAGGGACGACGCGACGCGCCACCGCCGCCGCCGCCGCGACCUCCUCGGCGCAGGCGGCUUCCUUCACGGAGCUGCUCACCGGACUGGCGGUGGCCAGCGCCGCCGCCGGUACUACUACUACUGCUACUACCGCCACCGCGCCGGUCGUUGCCGAGCACAAGCCGCCGCCGCAGCAGCACAACUCCUGGCAGCCGAUGCCCGCCACCGCCGACUACCUCGGCUUCGCGCAGCCCCGGAAGCCCGCCCACGGGAUGCUGCACACAACCUUCGCCUCCCCGGCCCCGCACCUCGCCAACAUUGCGCCCAUCGCCAUGGCGGCCACGCAACACUUCAGCUUGACCAGUGGCGAGCCGCAGCAAGCCGAGAUGGCGCCCUUCUCCUUCUUACAGGACCACUUCAUGCCCGUCCACGCGGCGGCGGCGGCGGGUCCGGCGGCCGUAGACUACAACCUCAACUUCUCCAUGUCCUCGGGUCUCGUGGGUGUCAACAGCAGGGGGACCCUUCAGUCCAAUUCGCAGCCGCACCUCUCCAGCCACCAUCACCACCACCACCACCAGCAGCAGCUCCAGAGGCUGUCUGCUCCACUGGAUGCUUCACACAUACCCUUCUUCUUCAGCCCGGCCGUCACCGUGGCCUCGCCCAACCCGGCGGAGGGCCACUUCGGCUCGGCGGCCGCGUUUCAGCUCUGGGAUGGGUUCCGGCACUCGGACGUCAAGGAGAAGGGCAAGAACUGAUGAACAACUGCCCAAUGCAGCUCGCCCUUCUUCUGGAUGGUAGUGAAGAUGACAAAUCAUCCCAACAUAUUCAUGCGAGCUCCAUCCAUUGCUUUAAACUUCCAUAAGUCACUGGGAAUGAUUCCUACUGGGAUGAUUCCGUGGGGCUCUCAGAAGCCGACCAUCAUGCGCACAUCUGCCACGCUCAUCGAAGAACCUCGUCAUCCUUUUGCCUCGGAUGAUCUUGUGCUUUGUUUUUUCUGCCUGUUGUUGUAUUCAUUUUGUUUGUGGAGGUGAGAACUCCGGGAGCAAGACCUACCACAGUGCCCUUGUCAUCAGUGUCCAUUCCAAAACUUUGUCGACGGAUGCAUGCCCUGAACCGGCUCGUUUGACAUCGUGGGAUCAGUAUCCCUGUCAUUUUUUCUGGUUCUCUGUUGUGUGUUGUGUGAGAAAACUCAUUGAUCCAGUCUAUCAGAUGAUCUAUGUGCUGAAUACAGUGCUCUAAUGAGAUGUAAAUCUAGUUUGUUUGCAUUGGUUUGUUUUGUUCAAUGAUGUAUGAAGCUAGUGAUGUUUCGUUGACA